AAAAUUCUCAGGAGAAUGUUGCUGCAAAUUACUGCCAAGACUUUUCAGGCACUGAGAGUCACACUUACCACAAUCACUGAGACAAAGGACACAAGGUUUCUCUCCAACCCACAGAAGAUGAACCCAACUCUGGCUUUUCUGUUGCUCUGUCAGCUGGUCUUAUGCACUGCAGUGACAUCCAAGAAAGUGUGUGGCCGCCCGCCCGUGACCGACGGUAUAGAUGAGCUGGGCCUAAAGCGUGUGUAUGAGAUUGGAGAACAGGUAAACCUAGGGUGUGAGCGUGGAUACACACCCAGCAAGGCCAUGACGGCUAGGAUCACAUGCUUGGCUUCCGGAGAGUGGACCAAACUGGACCUUGUAUGUUCUCCAAAGAUGUGCCCGCUUCCGAAGCCGAUGCAAAAGCCGGGGUUUGUUGAAGUGCCGUACAAGAGUGUUCUCAACUUCUCCUGUGACAGCGGGUACGUCAUGACAGGAGCCAACGAAAGCGUUUGUCUGCACGACGGCACCCUCAGCGCACCGAUGCCCAUGUGCACUGCUGUGAGUUGUCCUCUGCCUCGAGCGCCGAAACAUGGGAAAAUUGUCUACGACGACAAACAGGUCAGCAAUGUUGAAACCCAGUAUGGGCAGAGUUGGACGUAUGAGUGUUUGCCGCCACGGGCUCCCAUUGGUAAUGAAAGAGGGUCGUGCCUGGCAAGUGGAAACGUGACCGAGCCACCAGUAUGUGAAGAGGUGAGUUGCUCAAUUCCCCCAACGAUAGAAAAUGGCAUCAUCACCUUUGCUGUGAUGAGGGAGGCUGGCUACAAGGAGAAGGUGAAGUACCAGUGCAAGGAACAUUAUGUCAUGGAUGGCUCGGAUGAAAUACAGUGUCAGAAAACAGGAAACUGGUCCACCAUGCCCGUUUGUAGAGCGCCCUGCAAAGUUAACAUCAACCGAGGACGUAUCUUCUACAACGCCAAGAAGAUCUGGAUUGAGGAUCUGAAACCUAAUAGAGUCCUUCACAAGGAAAAUGUGGUGUUCUACUGUCUGAACAAGGAGAAGAAGUGUGGCAUUCCAGUUGCCAGUCAGUGCAUUGAUGGAACACUUAAAACCCCAGAAUGCUUUAAGGAACCAAGCAAGGUGGAGUAUAAUCUCAAGUCCAAAUCACUUCCAUCUGAGAUUGCAAUGUGCCCUUCUGAUCCAACGAAAUAAACCCAAGAAAAAUAGAUGAAAUUGAGCUGAUCUCACUGAAAAUAAGUCUCAUUAAUCUUUCGGUGAAUUACAAAUAUGAUAAUAAAAGCAUCUGUCUCAUCAGUUUA